CGCACUGAUCCAGGCCACGGAUUCCAGGAUUCUAUAAGCAGACCUGGAAAGAUAGGAGACAAGAGAGUGACUACAAUGACUUCAGCAGUCCUGGUGGACAUCCGAGAUGAAGUCACUUGCCCUAUCUGCUUGGAGCUCCUGACAGAACCCCUGAGCAUAGAUUGCGGUCAUAGCUUCUGCCAGGCCUGCAUCAUAGGAAACAGUGAUAAUUCAGUGCUCAACCCAGAAGGGAAGAGCAGCUGUCCUGUGUGCCGGACCGUCUACCAGCCUGGGAGCCUCCGUCCUAACCGGCACCUGGCCGCCAUAGUGAAAAGGCUCAGAGAAGUCGUGUUAGGCCCUGGAAAACAGCUCGAGGUCAUUUUUUGUGCGCUUCAUGGAGAGAAACUUCAACUUUUUUGCAAGGAGGAUGGGAAGUUAAUUUGCUGGCUUUGUGAGCGAUCUCUGGAGCACCGUGGUCAUCACACAUUCCUCAUGGAGGAGGUAGCACAGGAGUACCAGGACAUGUUCCAGGAGUCUCUGAAGAAGCUGAGGAGGGAGCAGCAGGAAGCCGAGAAGCUAAAAGCUCUUAUCCAAGAGAAGAGGGAAUCCUGGAAGAGUCAGGUGGAGCCUGAGAGACACCGGAUCCAGACAGAGUUUAAUCAGCUCCGAAGCAUCCUGGACAGGGAGGAGCAGCGGGAACUGAAGAAACUGGAAGUGGAAGAGAGGAAGGGGCUGAGCGUCAUAGAAAAGGCCGAGGGUGACCUGAUCCACCAGAGCCAGGCACUAAAAGACCUCAUCUCAGACCUGGAGCACCGGUGCCGGGGGUCCACAGUGGAACUGUUGCAGGAUGUGGGUGACGUCACAAAAAGGAGUGAGUUCUGGACCUUGAAGAAGCCCCAAGCUCUCCCCACCAAGCUGAAAAGUUUGUUUCGAGCCCCGGAUCUGAAGAAGAUGCUGCGAGUCUUUAGAGAGCUGACAGACGUCCAAAGCUACUGGGUGGACGUGACUCUGAAUCCACAGACGGCUAAUUUAAAUCUUGUCCUGUCGAAAAACCGGAGACAGGUGAGGUUUGUGGGUGCCAAGCUGUCGGAGCCGUCUAGUCUGGAAGAACAUUAUGACUGUAGUGUCCUGGGUUCUCAGCACUUCUCCUCAGGCAAAUACUACUGGGAAGUGGAUGUGACCAAGAAGACGGCGUGGAUCUUGGGUGUAUGCAGUACCCCUGUGGAACCCAUGUUCUCCUUCAGCCAGUACUCCAGUAAGCAGGGUGCCUACUCUCGGUAUCAGCCACAGAGUGGAUACUGGGUGAUAGGUUUGCAGCGUAAGCACGAGUACAGAGCCUAUGAGGACUCCUCCCCAUCCCUGCUCCUCUCCAUGACGGUGCCACCUCGACGCAUAGGGGUUUUCUUAGACUAUGAGGCUGGCACGGUCUCCUUUUAUAAUGUCACAAACCAUGGCUUGCCCAUCUACACCUUCUCCAAGUAUUACUUCCCUACUGCCCUUUGUCCGUAUUUUAAUCCCUGCAGCUGUGUAGUCCCGAUGACUCUGCGGCGCCCAACUUCCUGAGGCCUGCUGCCUCUUCCCAUAACGAAGCAGAUUCCUUCAAACACAUUACUUUCCUCUUCGAGCCUCUGUUCUCCUAGUAGAACACUGCCCAUUGCUGAAGUGAUCACUCUUGACCCAUCUCAUAGGAAAGUAGUGUUUUGGGUUGGUUUUUGUUUGUUUGUUUUGUUUUGUUUUUUUGAGGUAGGAUUUCUGGAACUCUCUCUCUAGGGCAGGCUGACUUUGAACUCAGAGAGAUCCAAUUACCUCCCUUCUGAAUGCCAGGGUUGAAGUCAUGUGACACCGUCCCAGUUUUGUGAUUGAGAAAGUAACUGAAAAUUGAUCCAGAGUCCUAAUGCACAUGCCCAUACUUGGCUGCGAUUUUGUUUUAAUGUUAAGAUAUAGGCCGCAAAAAUAGUCCAAGCUGGCCACAGACUCCGUCCUUCUGCCUCACCUCCCAAAUACUGAGUAUAGGUUUAUCUGACAACACCUGGCUAAGCAUGAUAUUUGAUGUGUAUGGUCAAAUGUAAAAAAUUCUCUAUAAAUUAGAUGGGAGGUUUUUUGGUUUGGUUGGUUUUUUUGUUUGUUUGUUUGUUUGUUUUUGUUUUGUUUUUUGGGUUCUUUUGUAACUAUUGAAUUUAAUAGAUUUUUUUCCCUAUAGUUAUUUAGAGAAUUGUGUACCCUUUUUAUUCUGCUCCUGGGUCAGCUACACUGAGUAGUCUAGGUUGUCAAGUUCACCACUGAUUCCUGAAGUACAUGUGUUACAUUCAGUACUUCUUUUUUUUUCUGACUCUAGGUUCGGUUUUCAUCGAUCUUUCUAAACAAAACUACCUCUAACUUUGCAUUCUCGUGCUUUCUGGUAAUAUAUAAAAAAGAAAUUAUGGGCAAGGGAUUAUAUGUAUAUUUAGGAUUAUAAUAAAAUAAUAAAAAUCGA